CCUGCAGAGCUCACACCUGUACACCCAGGCAAGCCUCAACUAUACCUGCUCAAGGCAGCAUGGCAAAGCGAGUUGCAGUCAUUCUGUCAGGCUGUGGAGUCUAUGACGGGACCGAGGUCAACGAGGCCUCGGCCAUCCUCGUCCAUCUGAGCCGCGCUGGAGCAAAAGUGCAGAUGUUUGCUCCAAACGCAGAUCAGAUGCAUGUAGUCAAUCACUGUGACGGCAAGCCUGCAGAGGGGAAGAGAAACAUCCUACAGGAAAGUGCUCGUAUCGGCAGGGGAGAGGUCACCGAUCUGGCCAAGUUAGACGACACCCAGUUCGACGCCGUCAUCCUUCCAGGAGGAUUCGGUGUGGGUAAAAAUCUGAGUGACUGGGCUGUGAAGAGCAAAGGCUUCAGCGUCCAGCCACAAGUAGAGAAGCUCAUCAAGGCCUUCCACCGAGCUGGGAAGCCGCUGGGGAUGUGCUGCAUCGCCCCCAUCCUGGCUGCCAAACUGCUGCCUGGCUGCGAGGUCACCAUGGGGCACGACCAGCAGUGUGACAAGUGGCCGUACGCUCAGUCCACAGGUAUUGUGAAGGAGAUGGGAGGAAAGCACGUCAACAAAGAGGUGGAGGAGGUUCACGUUGAUGCCAAAAAUAAAAUCGUGACCACCUGUGCUUUCAUGUGCAACGCUCCCAUUCAUAAAGUCUUUGAUGGGAUCGGCCUCAUGGUUCAAGAAACACUGAAACUGGCUUGAGUU